GGGCUGGGCUCUCUUUUAUAAAGGGCCGUGCUGUCCCUCACUUAGAAGCAGCUUUUUAGCACCUUCUUGAAUCUCUGUCCAGUUUGGCCUUCUCGCCUCCACCCCAUCCUCCACCAUGUCCGUAAGGAUGACCCAGAGGUCCUUCAAGGUGUCCACCUCUGGCCCAGGGGCCUUCAGCAGCCGCUCGUUUUCCAGCGGGCCCAGCAUCAGCUCCUCGGCCUUUUCCCGGGUGAGCAGCAGCUCCCGGCUUGGGCUGGGCACCAGCAUGAAUCUGGCCGGAGGUUUUGGUGGACCUGGAAGCAUGGGGACCAUCAAAGCCGUCCAAGUGAACCAGAGCCUGCUGAGCCCUGUGAAGCGAGAGGUGGACCCCAACAUCCAGGCUGUGCGCAGCCAGGAAAAGGAGCAGAUCAAGAGCCUCAACAACAAGUUUGCUUCCUUCAUCGAUAAGGUGCGGAGCCUGGAGCAGCAGAACAAGGUCCUGGAGACCAAGUGGAGCCUGAUGCAGCAGCAGAAGACAACUCGCAGCAACAUGGACAACAUGUUUGAAGCCUACAUCAACAACCUGCGGCGGCAGCUGGAAACGCUGGCCCAGGACAAACUGAGGCUGGAGGCGGAGUUCGGCAACAUGCAGGGGCUGGUGGAGGACCUGAAGAAUAAGUACGAGGAUGAGAUCAACAAGCGCACAGAGAUGGAGAACGAAUUUGUCCUCAUCAAGAAGGAUGUGGAUGAAGCUUACAUGAACAAGGUAGAGCUGGAGUCCCGCCUGGAAGGCCUGACCGAUGAGAUCAACUUCUACAGGCAGCUGUAUGACGAGGAGAUUCGUGAGCUGCAGUCCCAGAUCUCCGACACGUCCGUGAUCCUCUCCAUGGACAACAGCCGCUCCCUGGACCUGGACGGCAUCAUUGCCGAGGUCAAGGCCCAGUAUGAGGACAUUGCCAACCGCAGCCGGGCUGAGGCUGAGGCCAUCUACCAGACCAAGUAUGAGGAGCUGCAGAUAUUGGCCGGGAAACACGGGGAUGACCUGCGUCGCACGAAGACAGAGAUUUCUGAGAUUAACCGGAACAUCAGCAGAAUCCGGGCUGAGAUUGAUGGGCUCAAAGGCCAGAGGGCUUCCCUGGAGGCAGCCAUCAAGGAUGCCGAGGAGCGCGGUGAGCUGGCCAUCAAGGAUGCUAAGGCCAAGGUGGCUGAGCUGGAAGCUGCUCUGAGAGCCGCCAAGCAGGACAUGGCUCAGCAGCUGCGUGAGUAUCAGGAGCUCAUGAAUGUCAAGCUGGCCCUGGACGUGGAGAUCGCCACCUACCGCAAGCUGCUGGAGGGCGAGGAGAGCCGGCUGGAGUCUGGGAUGCAGAACAUGAGUAUCUAUACCAAGACUAGCAGCAGCUACUCAGGUGGGCUGAGCCCGGCUUAUGGGAGCCUCAACUACAGCCUGGGCUUCCAGUCUGGCCUGGGCUCUGGCGGGAGCUCUGGCUCCUUCAGCCACACCAACAGCAGCUCCUCCAAGACUGUGGUUGUGAAGAAGAUUGAGACCCGCGAUGGGAAGCUGGUGUCUGAGUCAUCUGAUGUCCUGUCCAAGUGAAUGACUUCUGUGGUCCCUCCUGUCCCCCAAGCCUGUGGGAAAGGAGCUCUGUAGGGGAGUGGAGGGCACAGGAGACCACCUGAGGGGCAGCCCCAGGCCUCAGCUCACCCUUGGGGUGGGGGCGUUUACUGUCUGGGGCACCGCCUGUUACCCAUGCCCCUGACUAAAAGCCGAAUAAAGUGUUUUGUUUUUCCUCCCAAAAUAAAGCCUCAGCUGGCUCUGCCAACCCUCUCA